AUGGUGUUGAAGUAUGACGGACUGGAAGUAAUUACUUCCAGUAUACCUUCAAGUCCGCCCAACGAGAUCAAUCGCAAUUACUCCGAAGAUGAAUAUAACGCCAAGCUUGAGAAAAGAGUGAUGCGAAAGAUAGAUUUCUGGCUCGUUGGAUUUUACUCGAUUGUAUAUAUCUUCCGCGUCAUUGAUUCCAGCAACUACUCAAACGCCGCCAUCAUCAAUCUAGAAGCUGGCACGGGAAUUAAGAAAGAGCUAAAUUUCAGCUCCUCGCAAUGGUCCUGGACACAGUCUAUUUUCUCCUACAGCUACCUCUUUUUCGAGCCCACCAACACAAUCCUUCUCAAAAGAGUCACGCCUUCUAGAUGGAUGUUCGUCCUGAUAUUGUCCUGGGGUAUUUGCGCCUGCGCUGCUGGGGCUGCACAGGACUUUCCGGGGAUGAUGUGUGUACGAUUUGCAAUUGGGCUGGCUGAAGCCGGGUUUUACCCUUCUGUGCUCUACCACAUGGCAUUCUGGUACAAGCCUUCUGAGCUCCGCUGGAGAAUUGCUCUUUUCUACUCUCUUGGUCAGGUAUCCGGCGCAUUAAGUGGGUUGUUGGCAUAUGCUAUUAGCUUUAUGGAUGGAGCCGGUGGGCUAUCAGGGUGGCGAUGGCUGUUUAUUAUCGAAGGUCUUCCGGCAAUCGUGUUGUCUGUGGUAGCGGUAUUCGGUCUUCCAGAUUACCCGGAGACAGCUCGCAUGUUGACGGAAGAGGAGAAAACUUUCCUUCAGGGGCGUCUAUCCUCUUCAGCACCCUCUGGCAAGGACAAAAGUUGGAGCUGGAGGGAUGUAAAAGCGCUCCUCUCAAGUCCAACGUUCUACACAUUCACUGUCUACUGGAUUGGACAUGGUAUUGGAGGAUUUGGCGUAAAUUACGCUUUACCUACUGUUAUCUACGAGCUUGGCUUUACUACGACCGCUUUAUCGCAGCUGAUGAAUAUUCCUCCCUACGUUGCAUGCUUUUUCUUCUUGAAUAUUCUCGGGUAUUUACUACACAAAGGUUGGAUUAGACCCUGGACCACAGCUGUCGCAAUCGAGAGCACGAUAAUCAUCUGCUACAUCAUCCUGAUUACGGUCUCAAACUCAGUCGUCAAAUACCUCGCCUUGGUUGUAGCCACCGCUUGUGCCGGAUCUGCAUACCCUGUGAUCUGGCCAGAACGCAUUCGAGCCCUCGAAGGCACAGUGGCCGUGGGAAUGGGUAUUGGACUAACGAAUGCCAUGGCUCAGUUUAGUGGUAUUGCUGGGCCUCACGUAUACAGUACGGUGUUUGGACCAACGUAUCGAGUCUCAUACGUUAUCUGUCUUUGCUUCCUGUGUGCAGCUAUCUCGGGCAUUCUGGCCUCGUGGUGGCUUGUAUGGCGGAAGGAUAAGAAGGACGAAGUAGAGACUGGGUUUGAAGAAGAUGCAUGA